GUCUUCUUCUUCAACUCUUCCCUAACCGUUAUUUUCACAAGAAUAAUUUCCUAUGAAAGACGACUUUGGGCAUCAGAGUUGGAUAUCUCAGAUAUCGUUAACUUGCAGAUAAGAAAUUUUGGUGGAGCUAGGAACCCUAGUAGAUGGGGAGAGGAAAGAUUCCCAUUCAAAGAAUCGAAAAUUCGACGAACCGGCAAGUAACUUUCUGUAAGAGAAGAAAUGGGUUGAUGAAGAAAACUAGAGAGCUAUCUAUUCUUUGUGAUGCAGAAGUUGGAGUCAUUGUGUUUUCCUGCACGGGCAAACUUUAUGAGUAUUCAAACACCAGCAUGCAAUCAAUCAUUGAUCGCUUUAACAAGCUCAACGAGGACCAUGGUUGGAUAAUGGAUCCUGCUUCAUCUGUCAAGUUUUGGCAGAGAGAAGCAGCAUGCUUAAGGCAACAACUAGAACGUUUGCAAGAAAGCAGCAGGCAACUGAUGGGUGAAGAACUUUCUGAUUUGAAUAUGAAUCAGCUAAAGGAUCUGGAAAAUAAACUCCAAAUUGGUUUGAGUAAUGUUCAAAUAAAAAAGGAUCAAAUGCUUAAAGAUGAGAUCAAAGUAUUGCAACAAAAGGGAAUCUUCAUUCAUCAAAAAAAUGAAGAACUUCGUACGAAGAUAAACCUUUUACAUGAAAAUAAUUCAGAACUACAGAAGGUUAUUGAAGCAAGGGAUAUGGAAAAAGAAAAGGCAACAUGCUAUCAGCAAUGGAUAUGAUACACUUGAACCUAUCAGUUAGCAACAAAGCCAGCUUCAGCCUCAACACAAGAGGAAAUGAUUA